AUGUGCAAAAGUCUACAUAUCGUGCCAGCUCGAGGGGGAGGGGUGCUGACGACUUGGCUAGGAUAUAUCGCUAACCCUAACCCCAUCAACCCAACCGACAAAGCUAUGGCAUUGGAGAGUGCUAGGUCGCCGUACCCAGCAACCCUAGGCCGCGGCAAACCGCGGCAACGCUAGUUUUUUUUUUUUUUAAUCUUCACUUCAAAUCAGCGCUCACAGGACUAGUGCCGUUUACUCCAACCCGUGGUCACACAGAAGAGCCUCUCUCUACCCUCCCCUCCUGCGGCGGUACUUUGCCUUCGAUUUUUAAUGCGAGAAGAGUUCAGCACUCUCUUCCCUCUGUGUACACACGAACUAGCGCUAUCCACUAUUUAGACCAGGAGCGGAAGCGAGAGAAAAACUCACUUUGCAAG